UCAAGAAUACACACGCGCGCGCACACCCUUACAACUCGCAUCAAUAUCACAUGCUUGCUUAGUUGCUUGCAUACAUGAACGAUACACCCAAAAUCCCCGCCUUUCCGACUGACGACUAGGUUUGAAACCCAGCGCCAAGAGAAGAAAAGAACAGAAAAUAAAUCCAAUGCACUUCCCGGACAAUAACAGAAACGACGCAAUGGAGACAGAGCAGCAACAGCAGAAGAAGCAGCAGCUUUCCUAUUCUUAUUCCUCCUAUGUGACCCAAGGGCGGGAGGAGCAGGACGACCCUUUUCUCAUUUUCAUUCACAAUGUAAGAUCCACCCUCUGCGGCCUUCCUCCUGCAUUAGACGACGACCCGCUGCAACCCCCGGGCUCGGGAAUGGGCUGGGGCUGGAUUGCCAAUCGCCUUCUCAAAACUUGCGCCACAUACCCUAGUGGUGUCACCCCUGCUAUUCUACUGUCCGAGAUUUCCAUGGCCUGGAGCGAGCAAAAUAGAAGUGGAGCUCCUAAAAAACAGCUGGAUUGUAUUGUGAAGUUAAAGAAGAAACGAAAUAGAUUAAAGCUACCGAACACCAUCACAAUAGAUUCAAUAUAUGAGAAAAAGUUCCUGUCAUUGAGCAGUGUUAUUGAAGCAGUUAUUAUUAAUGCUUAUAUUCUUCCAGGAACUGACAUCUAUAUGCUCACUUUGGGGGAUGUAUGGAGCUCCAAUACUAUAGAUCUGUAUCUUCACAGGCGGUUUUAUGACAUUGCUGAUCUCAAAAGUGGGAUUCUAAAACAGGGACGUGAAAUUCUCUUAACUGGAUGCUAUCUUCGAAUUGCUGCUGGGAGUUUGCUCUCUGCUCGUAUUUUACCAACUGAGUAUCUAGUCGUACUGCUGGAUGAGGAUGAAGAUGAUGAUGCCAUGCUUCUUGGAGCCCAGUUUUGUUUCGAUUCAUUUUCUUCAAUUUCUCUAGAUGCAGUGAAGGAAGGGGCUUCAUAUUCACUGUAUGCAAGAAUUGACUAUAUUGGACCACUGGAAGUUCAGGGUAAACAUGGCAGUGUAAAGAGGAAACAAGUUACUCUUGUUGAUAUGGGUGGUAUGAGGUUAAAUUUUUUACUCUGGGGGGAGCAAGUUCAGGUUGCCAAUCUCUUCAGUGUGGGAAGUAUGCUUGCCAUUGAUAAGCCUUUUAUUGCGAGUGCUAUAGAUAGUUCUCUUGAAACUUCUGGUGAAAUUUGCCUUGAGUAUGGUAGCGCAACUCAGUUAUUUAUGGUGCCAGUUACACUGCAUGAAGAACAAGUUUGUGUAGCAAUGACACAGAGCCCUUAUCAAGGAUCAAAGCUGUUGAAUGCCUCGUAUCCAAGCCAGGGACCCACAGUUUCUCAAGUGACAUUACCUUGUGAUUCUCAAGGGACCAUUGACUUCAGCAAUUACCCCUUUAGAUCAUAUAUUGCUGAUCUUCGAAACAAGAUGACUGGCAUUAGCCUCUAUUGCGUUGUUACAGACAUAAGAGCAUCAGAAGGCAUAUUCUCUUUGAAAAUUGAAGAUACUACUGGAGCAGUCUGGGCAAAGCUACAUUUUAGUAGAUAUUGGUCGCUGGGGAGAUUAGCAGUAGGUCACAUAAUUUACAUAUCUGGUUUAAGCUCUUCGCUCACUCCGCGAAAAAGCCUUGAAUUAUCCUGGUUUCAGAGUGGCACUGGGUCAUCAUUUUUCAAUCUGAGUUGCCUGCCAGCUUUUUUAAAUAGUUCUUGCUUUCAAAGAUUACUGUCUCUUUCUGGACUAUCCACCGAUGCAAGCUGUGUUCAGGUUUGUCGAAUAUGGGUGGAUCGCGUUGAAUGCUGUUACGUGGACACAAGAUUGAUGCAUACCCAUUGUGGCCAUCUCGCUGACAAAGCAGCCAGUGGAGAUAUGGAGUGCAAGUUCUGCCAUAAAAUCUGUACAGGUGAAGUGGAGCCCACCUUCCGCCUAAAAAUUGCUCUUGCAGAUGAGACGGCAGCGACCAACGUGAUUGCCUGGUGUGUCGGACAGACUGCAACCGAGUUGCUGCAAAUAUCUCCAGACGAGUUCUAUGAACUGCCUGAGGAAGAGCAGAUAAUGUAUCCAGCAUCACUCGAGAAUGAAACGUUCAUUGUAGCAAUUGCGAGUUCGCGACGCAGACAAAGACAGCAGCAAGAAGGUGGGGCAGCCGUGGAGCUGGAGCAGGGCGACCAUCAUCGCUACAAUGAAGCAGUGGGAGCCGACUGGGAGGUCACGUAUGCAAUCAAGUGUGAGUGACAGGAUAAACACGCCAUGGGUAAAUCACACACCUGCACUUGACACUGGCUUUUGAAUCCCCCUCUCUGUGUGAGUGGUGCAGUUUAGGGUAUUAUAGUGUUAAACACCACAGGGCAUGCAGUGCAUGCUCAUCAUGCUGAUGGUGUUGUCUAUCUAUCUGUAUCUAUCGCUUUCGUGCCUCCCAAUUGCCAAUUAACUGAGUUGAUAGAUAAUGUUAAUAAUAAUAAUUGAUUUUUAUUUUUAUGUUUUAAACAAAGAAG